AUGGCCAAUAGUGGGUUUGGUAAACAAUGUGCAAAAUGCUCCAACUGUUCAUCUACUUCUAAGCAAGAUGUACUGUAUGUAUGUGCCUGUAGAAGAAGGCUUUCUCCAAUCUCUGUGGUGGAAAUGUCCCAAGAAUCAAGCAUGGGCAGCUCAGAAUAUGAAGUUUCAGCAGACAGAAAAAAAGAAAACCAACCCAUCACAGAUAGUGCCUCUGGGAAAGUUAUGCCCUCGAAAACCUCCAAUGUGGAGAGAAAAACGUCUCAACAACAAUGGAGUCGGGGAAACAUUACAGAAGGAAAAGUUCCUCACAUAAGGAUGGACAACGGAGCUGCUAUUCGGGAAAUCUAUACCUUUGGAAGAAUAUUGGGACAAGGGAGCUUUGGAAUGGUCUUUGAAGCUACAGACAAGGAAACAGAAACUAAGUGGGCAAUUAAAAAAGUGAACAAAGACAAGGCUGGAAGCUCUGCUGUGAAGCUACUUGAACGGGAGGUGAAUAUCCUGAAAAGUGUGAAACACGAACAUAUCAUACAUCUGGAACAAGUGUUUGAGACGCCUAAGAAAAUGUACCUGGUGAUGGAGCUUUGUGAGGAUGGAGAACUCAAAGAAAUUCUGCAUAGGAAAGGGCAUUUCUCAGAGAAUGAGACAAGGUGGAUCAUUCAAAGUCUCGCAUCAGCUAUAGCAUAUCUUCACAAUAAGGAUAUAGUACACAGAGAUCUAAAACUGGAAAACAUAAUGGUCAAAAGCAGCUUUACUGAUGAUAACAACGAAAUGAACUUCAAUAUAAAGGUGACUGAUUUUGGCUUAGCUGUGAAGAAGCAGGGUAGGAGUGAAGCCAUGCUGCAGACCACAUGUGGGACUCCUAUCUAUAUGGCCCCUGAAGUUAUCAAUGCCCACGACUAUAGCCAGCAGUGUGACAUUUGGAGCAUAGGUGUCAUAAUGUACAUUCUAUUAUGUGGAGAACCACCCUUUUUGGCAAGCUCAGAAGAGAAGCUAUUUGAGCUAAUAAGAAAGGGAGAACUACAUUUUGAAGAUCCAAUCUGGGAUUCCAUAAGUGAUUGUGCUAAAAGUGUGUUGAAACAACUUAUGAAAGUAGACCCUGCUCACAGAAUCACAGCUAAGGAACUUCUAGAUAACCAGUGGAUAACAGGCAACAUACUUUCUUCAGCAAGACCAACCAAUGUGUUAGAAAUGAUGAAACAAUGGAAAAAUAACCCAGAAAGUGAUGAGGAAGACACAACACAUCCAGAGAAAAACUGGUCCAUUCAAGAAAAGUUGAAAGGUUACCAACCCAGCAGACCCAGCGGAAAUGUCCAGAACACCAGUAGCACUUCAGAUGAAGAGGAGGAAAAACAGUCCACUGCUUAUGCAAAGAAAUUUCCUGUGACCAGUAAGAAGGAAAAUGCAGACAACUCGGACUCGAAGCAUGCAAGUUCUGCAUGUAGCAGAAACUUUCCAGCCGGACUCAAGGGAGAACCAGAGAAAUCCCCCAUGACAUCAAGCCAAGGACCAGCAACCAAAUACAUUGCUAAAUCCAAUGCCGUGCCUAGAACCAAAAAGAAACUCUAA